AUGGAGCUUCUGAAGCAGCCGUUUUCAGUGCCGCCCGCGCCGGAAACGAUUGCGCUGCGCGCGCAGGCAACGGAGACGGUGGGCAUUAUGGGCGUGGCGAUGGGAAAAGAAGCCUUUGCGCCCUACUUCCCCACGUUCAUGCAUCACAUCGUGGUCGAGAACUUUGCACUGGGCAGCGCCGCUCUGCGGGAGCAGAGCUUUGGCUUUAAGCAACGUGUGCGAGCGCUGCGGACGAUUGAGGAGGAUAAGGCGGUGCUGACGAAUAGGCACCUGCUGGCGAAGGCCGCAAUGCCGAUUGCGCUGGAAGACGACAUGAAGCAGCUGGAAGCGGCGCAGAAGUCGCGUGAAAGUGGUGGUGGUGGUGGUGCCGUUGCGGCCGGCGACGAUGGCAGCGACGACGAUGACGAUGACGAUGACGAUGAUGAGGCGGAAGAAAUCCACAUGCGGGUCCGCACCGCCGAUGUCGAGGAAAAAUGUUCUGCGAUCAACGCCAUUGGGGUGUUUGCGGAGACGCUGCUUACGCAGUUUGGGCCGGAGCGGGUGGCGCGCUGCAUGGAGCCUCUCUCGGUCCUCGACGGCCACUACUACCCCAACAUCCGUUCCAACAUGAUGAUCGCUAGCGCCCGCUUGGUGAAGGCGGCUCACGGUCGGCCAGAGGUGGAGAAGUCCCUGCAGCAGGAUACCCUCACGGAGGCAGCGCGAAACCUGCUGGAUGAUCUCAUCCACCAAAUCCUUCUCAAGACGAUGAACGACGACACGGAUAAGGAGGUGGUUGCAGCGGCGUGCGAAGCGAUGCAAAUUUUGCUCGAUUUCUUUGGACCACAGUGCUUCCGUUUUGGUCCCGACGCUAUCGUGAAAGAGUGCAUUUCCUUCUUGCGGCAGAAGAGCGGCUGCCAGAUGGCUGUGGACUUUGACCCCGACGAUAGUGAUCAAGACGACGUGGACGGCGAGGAUGUGCUGUUCCGCGAGGCGGAUCAGCUCAUCGCGGCCAACCCACAGGCAAGCUGGCGCGAUGUCGUGAAGCCGGAGAUGGUUCUCCAGGGCGUCAAGCUCUCCGAGGAUCACGACGACGUCAUCAUGGACUACGCCUCCGACAUGCUCGACUCGCUUGCCAAGGCGUACGGCCCCGCCUUUGCCGAAUACGCGCCAUACUUGAUGCCGCUGUUGGUGAAGUACUGCGACCCCACCGAACGCGACGCGAGUGACAUAACGAUGGGCAUUGGCAGUUACGCUGUGCUGCUGCAGGCGCUGGGCCCUGCCUGGGCGGCGCAGUACUUCGACACGGCAAUUGGCUUGAGCUUUGCCAUUUUGGAGAAAUCGGAGGAGUCCACGGCGCGGGGCAACAGCUGCUACCUGCUCCGCAUCCUCAUUGAGGCCUGCCCCGACCGCUUCACCGCCAACGUCUCCACCAUUCAGCAGACCCUGCAGGCGCUGUGGAGCGUCGCAGCCGGUGGAGAGAGUCUGAGCGGCGAUGGCAGCAGCGGGACGGCAACGGCGACAGAAGUGGAAACCCCAGGCGCAGUGGACAACGCCAUUAGCGCGACCUGCAGCCUCGUCCGAUGCUGCAGUUUGCUGUCCGGUGGCGCGCAGCCGUCCCCGUUGUUGGCGAUGUGGCCCACGAUUCUCCCCGCUGCUCCGCGGGGUGCCGAUGCGGCUGGAGAAAGAAGAAAACGGAAAUGCCAUCGCCACUUUGACGUUUUUGCUCACUCAUCCAGCCGUUGCCACGACG